GGAUUUUUCUCCUUGUUUCCUUCCAUUUCAUAACAAUUACAAAGAGUUGUCUGUAAAUAAACAAUUCUUUGUGCGUUAGACAAAUCAAUGUACAAAAGGUGUACACAUAAAUGUGUACAUUUAGCACAAAAGAUAAACAGACCAGAUCAAAAAAGAUCAAAUUUAAAUAGAUCACACCAGACUUAAACAAACCAUACCAUCAAUAAAAACCAAUUAAACAAACCAGACCAGCGAUAAAAACCACUGAGGUAGUCAAGGCACGACAUCGGGCUCCACAUUCCCAUGAGUCACUCCCAUCCGGUCAGCCGUCAUCGUCGCGCGUCCUUGAGUAGCCCUCCAGUCCAGCUGCCCAGCUGACUUGCGCCGCCUCCCGCCGUCCAGAGUCCUGCACUCCUGCGUCUCCGCGUCGGCCGUCGGCGUCCCUGCGAGUCUGCGACCUGCGUUGGCGCGUUGCUGCCUCCUGGCCGGCAUAGCGGCACUUCAGUUUCGCCUCCUGCCUCUAGAGCUCUCUCCGAUUCCCAGUUUAGCAAUCCGCUGUCCAGCCCGUCUAUUGUAACGUUCUGGAUUCGCCCCUGGCCGCAGUUAGACUGUACACCCUAGUCACCACAGUUUUUGGCAAAGGGUACAUCUCUCUCUCCAGAGAUCGACAAAGUUAUUGACCGAGCGGGGGCAACGGAAUCAGUCAUUUGGAUUCGAACAGUCCAUGCUUGUAUUUCGUGAUUGUGUUUUAUCACCUCGAUGAGGGAAAAAGGUUUAGAGAAAGAAACUCCAGAAUGUGGAGAAAGUGAUUUAUGCAAAGGAGAAGAAUUUGGAGCUGAAAAUCUAGAAAUUUAUUUUCACGGAAAUGUUAGGGAAAACAAUCGAAUUAGGGUUUCAAUUGAUAGGAUCAGUGCAUUACCGGAUUGCUUACUUGUUCACAUCAUAUCUUUACUCGGUAUGAAGAAAGCUGCUAGUACGAGUAUUUUGGGGAAAAGAUGGCAACUUCUUUGGACUGAAUUACCGAGCCUUCAAUUCGACUCCUAUGGUUGGGCUAAAAGUAAGGAAAGUGAGAUUACAUCUGACUUUGUCGCUUGGGUUAAUAGGAUCAUUGCUACUCGUCGUGGAAAUUAUCUUGAGAAGUUGAAGGUUACUUUCAAGUACGAGGAUUGCUUCUCUACAGAUGUUGAUAACUGGAUCCAGUUUGCCUUGGAAAGUAAGGUGAAAGAAGUUAGUUUGGAAAUGAACAACAGUCAAGAUUUCUACAUUCUUCAUGAAAUGAUUUAUUCAAAUUCAUCCUUGACUUCAUUGUAUUUAGAAGGUUGCAUUUUGGAUCCUCAAAGAACAAUCAAGUGGUGGUCAUUGACUAAAUUAGAAAUAUCAGGAGUGAAUUUGCCUCAGUCUGUAGUUGAAAAGAUAUUAUCUGGUUGUCCUGUUUUGAAAUUCUUGGAUCUGAGCGAGUGUUAUGGUUUCACGUGUUUGGAGAUCAACUCUCAAAAUCUACGUCAACUGCAAAUAAGGGACUCUGAAGGUGAUGAAAGUGAGGGUUUCCUGCAAAUUUCAGCACCCUAUAUAACAAAUUUGAGUCUUUGGUUGUAUCCUAUGGGAAGACAGAUAAACCUCAAAGACAUCUCAUCUCUUGUUAGUGCUAAUAUUGAUUUUAUUGAACCCUUUUGGGAUAUAAUAAUUCCUGAGAAAGUGCUGAGUAGUACGAAAGAAAUUUUUGAAAAGAUUCAUCACGUCAAGGAGCUUGAAUUGUGUCCUGAACCCCUUAAGGUUCUUGCUGCGCUGGUGCUUAAUGGUUGGCAGCUUCCAAAAUAUAAGCUAAGGUGUUUAGAAGUAGAUGAGAUAUAUGGUGGUGGGCAAACCAUUCCUGGCAUUUUAGACUUGCUCGAAUCUUCUCCAGACAUUGAGACAUUGGUCAUGAAUUCUUAUGACCCCGAAUCUUUGGACCAUGACUGGGCCCCACUUGCAAGGGAUAAUUUGGUUUGUGACUUAUUGCAUCUGAAGACGAUCAAAAUGUAUGAGUUGGCAAAUCCAAAUCUUGGUGGUGAACCAAUGCUUACGUUGGCUAGAAUCCUUCUUAAGAGGGCACCAGUAUUGGAAGAGAUGGAUAUUUGUCUUCAUAUUGAAGAUACCAAUGUCUUUGUCAAUAUAGGACAAACCUUGCUCAAUUAUCCUAGAUCCUCACCAAAGGCUGUCAUCGAUCUCUAUUAGAUUGUUAGCUUUUAUGUGUUCAUUUUCUCAUGCGUUAAAAAAUUGCCAUAGCUAUGCUGCCUUCUUUCCCUAUUUUGCUGAAUUCGCUACUAGUGGCAUAUUUGAGAUUUAACAUCUAGACAUCGUAUUUCAAAUACUUAACGAAUAUCCAUGAACAUUGUUUAUUACUCUAAAAUAAUUUAUAGUAAAUCCAAAUAUCC